UAGUUUUUAUCUUCAACAGCCCCUCCCGAAAAAAAGAAUUUUGUCUUUCGAAAACACAAGUUGUACAGACCUCGACAACACAACACGUGAAUACUAUGUCGCGAUUAAGUGUUCUCAUGCGCGAAUGUAUCGUCGCGGGUUCUUACGCGGACCCGAAUAUCGAUCGCGAGAAAUAUUUAUCUCGCGUAUCGGAAAGCGACGACGCGGAAAACUAUAAUUUAUUUUAUAACUUCGUUUGCGAAUGCAGCAGCAUGCUACUCGUGUUGCUGUUUAACAGUGGAAGACUUUGUAACGAUCGGAUUCAAGAAAUUGUGAGGGAAAUCCUCAUAAUCAGACUUGAUUUCGGGGAGGAAAUGGAGGAUGUCUGGGGUAUGAUCGGGGUUGUACUCAACCAUACUAGCCCAGGAAAUUCAAACAAACAUGUGAUUUUCUCGCCUAUAAGAACGGCGGUAGAAGACGUCGAUAACGACGUGGAAAUCAUCCAAAACGAGCAAGUUAACAAAGAAGUGGAGGUAAUCGACAUUUCUGGUGAUAUCGAUGACCCACCAAUUAUCUAGGAACGCUUUCCCGACUAUGUCAUUGAUAUCAACGACCCAGCGAUUAAUUGGGAACAUUACCCCAUUGCCGAGAUUCCGCUCCAGAAACGAAUAACCCCUCCGUUCAUGAUUCACCCUCCAGAAUAUUCUAGAGCACUCGAGACAUUCCGAAAACUAUGCGAAAAAAAAUUUCUCUAAUGUAUGCGUACCUAUGUAGAUACUU